AUGGCGUUCCACACAACCCUCCCACGCACCGCCUCCAAGCACAUCAGCUCCUACGGCAGCGUCCUGGACCGAUUCAUCGUCAACCACGCAACCACGCUCUCUGCUACUUCUACCAAAUCCACCCCUUCCGCAUCCUCAUCCUCAUCAUCGUCAACAUCCUCUUCAUCCAGCGCAGCAUCACUCUUCGAACCAACCAAAUCGCCCACCACCGCCCUCUGGUCCCCACCGCGCUACUCGCUGCGCCGUCAAUCCGUGCUGCUCAAACAAGCGGCGCUCACCUCCCAACUCUCGCUCCUCCCGCCCUCGCCCAAAUCCACCCGUCUGACGCAACGUCUGCAGCGUCUCACCCGUUCGCUCGACUUCGAACAAAUCUCGUCGCAAUACCAAUACAUCCCAUCAACUUCACCCGCGGUGCCCGUCAGACCGACGUCUCUCAGCCAACGUCCGAUCAAACCUUCGCAGAGAUUCACGGUCCAGGAGAAGGAGGCAGCGCUGCAGCACGCGAGACAACAGGUCAAGGAUGUAGGUCCGUAUGCGGGUAGGGCGAAGGUGUUCAAGGGAAGUAGGGUGGAUAAGGAUAAGGCGAGGAGGAAGGAGACGUCGGUGAUACUGCUGCCACAAACUCUGAUCAUGGUGCGCGCCACUUCAUCGACCGCUUCGGCGGUACGAGUCUACCUCUCGUCGCGCGCUCUCAACGCCACCAUUGCACCACGACGUGCUGCCAUCGCCUCCCCCUUCCCCUCCUCGUCCAGCCUUCGAACCUUCACAACCACCCGUCCACGCUUCGACUCCCCGCGCUCCCCCUUCGCCGUCUUCGUCGAGACCCUCAAAGCCGAACUUCGCAAGAACCAGGAGCUCCAGGAAAACAUGCGUCAGCUCUCCGGUGACGUCGGCAAGAUGCAAGACUCGGAAACCAUGAAGGCCAUGCGUGAUGCCUAUGAACGUGCGCGCAUCAUCACCUCGAUCAAGGAGAACCCCAAGCUUCAAGCUGCUGCUGAUGCGCUGCGUAAGUCCGGUGGUCAGGUGGGAGAUGCUGUCGGUGCGACGCUCAAGCAGAUGGAGGAGAGCGAGCUGAUCAAAGGACUCGGUGCCAUUAGCUCCAGGUUGGCGAGGGGGUUGGAGGAUAGCACCGCGCCGAUCAGGAGGACAGAGGCGUACAAGCAGUUGAGCGAGACCCUGACGGAAGCGUUCGAUGACGGUGGAAGCGCGUUGAGGAUCUUCGUGGACAAGGACAAGGAUGCGGCCGAGGUGAGGAGGAUCAAGAGGGAGGCUAGGUUGAGGAAGAUCGGCAGACCCAUGCCGAGCAAGGAUGUUGACUCGAAAGAGGCCGCAGAGGAGGUGUUGAAGAGCUAUGCGUUGAAGGACGAGAUUGAAGCCGCAGAGGCAGAGGCUGCAGCCAAGGCGGCUGAACAGCAGGCCGCAGCCGGUGCCAAGGCUGCCGAUGGAGCCGAUACACAGACGCCGCAGGAGGAAGAACCACCCGCAUCCGAAUCAGCCCAAUCGACCACCCCUCCCGGCACCGAAGACUCCGCACCAUCAUCAUCUUCUUCCAGCAAAGCUCCUCCCAAAAAGCCCGCCGGGUACGCCGUGCGCAUCCGCUCCGUCACCGAAAACGCCUCUGCCGGUCAAGCCCUUGUCCUCCGUCCCGAGCCCGCCUACAAACAGGCCUGGUCUUCCUUCAAAUCCUCCAACCCGCUCUUCCGUCGCCUUUCCGACCUAUCCGAAGCGUACCAUGAAUCCGAGAAUCCGGUCAUCGAACGCGUCCGCACCGUCACCGAUUGGUUCUCCUCUCUCUUUGAAGAGAACGACUUUGCCCGCGUUACACGUCAGAUGAAACUCCUCGAUCCAUCCUUCACCCUCGAAAGUUUCCAACGAGAUCUUCGCGAGUACGUCGUACCCGAACUCAUCGACGCCUACCACUCGGCCGCCCGUCACCUCCUUCGCCAAUGGUGCGGCGAAGCCACCUUCAACCUCCUCAUGGCUACCGUCGAUCCCUAUCUCUCCAAGGGUUUCAUUCCGGAGGGAAGACUGUUGGAUCUCAAACAGGUCGAGAUUUUGCAAGCCAAGGUGUUGGAUAACAACGUUCCUGUACUGGUGGUCAGCUUUACCAGUCAGGAGUUGAUGUUCUUCAAAGAUCCCAAGACAGGAGAGGUCAAGGCCGGUAGCGAGGAAAGACCAGAGUUGUGUAGAUACGCAAUGGUGUUGACUAGGGUAGAGGAGGAGCUCGAUAAUGAGGUGACGGGCGGUUGGAAGGUCGUCGAGUUGGCAAGGAGAGGUCAGGCCGCGUAUUUGUGA